UCAAAACAAGCGGCAAACUUGAGUGAUUGCCACCUCCACUUCGUUGCGCGUAAAACACGGGCAGUUGCAUCCAUCGACGCGACGCUGAGUCUGAAGUCGCGUGCCUGACGCUCGCCAAGUCGAGCUUUCCAUCGAAACUUCAAGUUUAGUUUUCGCGAUACCUGCGACCUGCUGUCAAUCUGGAUCUCGCAGCCGCCGAAAACGUGUCGGCAUCCGCGAAAAGACGAAAAAAUCUAGAGUGCUUUGACCGGAGAUGGUCAUGUGAAAAACACCGUGGCGUUGUGGUGAUCAGUGACUUUUUGGUCAGCUGUGAUUGUGGUGUUGCGUUAGUUUGAUUUUUAACCUAUGGAGUUUGAACUCUUCCUACUGAUUGAGACAGAUCCUUAACAAACAGUGCAAAAUCUCUCCGCGUCAUGAACUCUGCACAGUGCGCGAACAACUGAUUCCAAAUGAGUUGCUACAACUUCAUAACUCGCUUCCUCCAUCGGAACAAGAUUGAAGCUGAGGACAUCAUUGACAACGAGAUGCCUCCUAGUGAAACGGAGGUCGUCUCCUCAUUACGAAGACUUUUAGAAGAGAAAAAUCGAGAGUUGAAGCACAAAGAAGAAACCAUCUUACUCCUGGAGAAAGAACUGGAUGACAAAGAUAGUACCAUCAAACAUCUCCAUAAUGAGAUAGACAAGUUCAGGCAAGUGGUUAGGCCCAUAACUCAGAAGAUUAUCACGAAGCAGAUAUGCCUGGAUGGUACGUGCUGGCAGGUGCCAACGGAAGUCGUAGAAGUAGAGGAGGGCGAUACUCAGAGCACCAACGAGACGAGGACCAAGAGGCAGGCUGUCAGUGCUGCACCGCCGCUUGCUGGGGAGCAGUUACAGAUCAAGAAGAUACCCAAGACGCAGCGGUAAG